GGUUUUCAGUUGCGUCGGUGCGAGGAGAGCAGCAGUCAAACUCAAGCGCUUUUGCUCACUUACGAGGAGUUUUAAUCGAAGAUGAACAGUUCAUAUUUUAGACACGUUUAAAUGUUAAGUCAAAAUUCAGCGAGAGGAGCUGUUUUAUUAGGUGAGGUAGCGUGAUAGUAUUCGUCGCACUGUAUCAGCUCACCUGCAGGUAAAAACGGCUGUAGGUACAGCAAUAAAACGAAUUGACGUUAAUAACAGCCGUUAUGAUUCCUGAGUGUCCCGAGCCCAAAAGCCGCAUUCGGUGUGAAUCCGGUCAGAACCGCUCCGGUUUGCUGCGCGAGAUCCGGACCGCUGUCAGGAGCGAGCCGUUCACCGAGCGCUAUGACGUCAUCCCCGGCAAAGAGCUGGGCAGAGGUAAGUUUGCAGUGGUGAGGAAGUGUGUGGAGAAGAGCACAGGGAAAACAUAUGCAGCGAAGUACAUGAGGAAGAGGAGGAAGGGCCAGGAUUGCAGAACGGAGAUCAUUCACGAGAUCGCUGUGCUGGAGCUGGCAGCGGCCUGUGCACGAGUCGUCAAUCUCCACCAGGUCUACGAGACGGCCAGCGAGAUGGUGCUCGUUCUGGAAUAUGCUGCCGGAGGGGAGAUUUUUAACCAGUGUGUGGCAGACAGAGACGAGGCCUUCAAAGAGGAAGACGUGAAGAGACUGAUGAAGCAGAUCCUGGAGGGAGUUUCCUUCCUUCACGGGAACAACGUGGUGCAUCUGGACCUCAAACCUCAGAAUAUCCUCCUGACCAGCGAGUCUCCUCUCGGGGAUAUAAAGGUGGUGGACUUCGGUCUGUCGAGGCUGGUGAGCAGCAGUCAGGAGAUCAGGGAGAUCAUGGGCACUCCGGAGUACGUGGCACCAGAAAUCCUGAAUUAUGAGCCAAUAAGCACAGCGACUGACAUGUGGAGCAUCGGUGUCCUGGCGUACGUGAUGCUGACGGGGAUCUCGCCGUUCCUGGGGGACGAUAAGCAGGAGACCUUCCUCAACAUCUCUCAGAUCAACAUCAGCUACACUGAGGAGGAGCUGGAGCAUCUGGAUGGAGCCGCCAUCCACUUCAUCAAAUCCCUGCUCAUCAAAGAGCCAGAGAGCCGAGCCACCGCAGAAGACUGUCUCAGACACCAGUGGCUUCGGACGGAGGAGCCCGAGGUGAAGGACGACUCGGAGCCCGUCAGCCCUGAUGAAGAAGCAGAGGAGGAGAGCGCUCCGGUGACGGAGGAGCUGAUCGUGAUGGCCUCCUACACCCUCGGCCAGUGCCGCCAGUCGUCUGAUAAAGAGAGCCUGACCCCGGAUCAGAAGGCCAUCUCCAAACGCUUCAAGUUUGAGGAGCCCUUCUCUGCGCUGCAGGAGGUUCCUGGAGAGUUCAUCUACUGAUCCACACACUAAUGCCCUUCUCUCUCCUCUCCUUAUGAUUUGAACUUGUAAGCCAAACAGGUUUUGUUGCAUUUCACAUUGUUUCUGUUAUUUCUGUUUGUGCUGCUUUGUUUUCAUGGUUAAGUUACUGAAGCCUUGCUGUGGUUCUCUCGCUAAUUUUUCUCUUUCGAUAUUUUGUCUGGUGCCAUGCUUAAAUAUUUGAUAAGGGUCAAGCUUGUGAUCGAUUUCUUCUUUUGCCAUGUUUGUACAAAAUGAAUGUUGUUGGUUUUUCUGCGACAAGAAGGCAAACAGAAUUAAAUGUAAAUUAAUCCAGUUUUAUUUUAAGAGUAUUUCUGUGUCUUGUUUAAAAAAGCCAUGUGUAUGUUGAGCUGUCAUUCUCGGUAAAGAUUCC